UCCAGAUUCCCAAAUAUGGAGAAGGACUGGGUUUUGGAAGAGGAACAGAAUGCUCACCCUUGAAAGAGAGGGAGAAAAAGAGGGAGUAUGAGCCAGUCAAGUCGCCGGCUCCUGGUCACCAUAGCAACCGUGACGAGCCCGCAUCCCGCUCUGCUGCACUGACUUCUCCAACCCCAGCUGAGGUGCAGCAGUGAGGACAAGAAGCGAGAGGCAGACACCCAGGAUCUCAUUCCUUCCUGUUGCCUCGACCGUGAAUCCCUGGACCCUGGGAGAGAACCGCGGAGAAGGGAAAAGGGGGAGAAACAGAUGUACCUUGGAGCCUCCCGAUGCGAACCACCAGUGGGGGUUCAGCGGGAGGGUGGAAUGUGCAGCACUUAAGAUGCGUGCAGCCAUAGCAGCAGCCCCUGUAUACUGAGGACCAACUGACUCCGGAGAGCCGCAUUUAUUACGUAUGGAGGAGAUGCCCUUUGAAGCCCUAAUCGAUUAAUGUGACAGAAUCAGGUGGAUCAACAGCCAUCCCACUGCCCCCUUUGUUGGGGGGUGCUGAGAGUGGGGAAGCAUGGAGGACAGUAAGAACGAGACAAUGAAUCGCGCUCAUGUCCUCUUUGACCGGUUUGUGCAGGCCACCACCUGCAAGGGCACCCUCAAGGCCUUCCAAGAGCUCUGUGACCACCUAGAACUGAAGCCGAAGGACUACCGCUCCUUUUAUCACAAGCUCAAGUCCAAGCUUAACUACUGGAAAGCCAAAGCACUGUGGGCAAAGUUGGACAAGCGGGGUAGCCACAAAGACUACAAAAAGGGAAAAGCGUGCACUAACACCAAGUGUCUCAUCAUUGGAGCUGGCCCCUGUGGUCUCCGUACAGCCAUUGACUUAUCCUUAUUGGGAGCUAAGGUGGUUGUUAUUGAGAAACGAGAUGCCUUCUCCCGCAACAACGUCUUGCAUCUCUGGCCAUUCACCAUACAUGAUCUGCGAGGUCUGGGUGCCAAGAAGUUCUAUGGCAAGUUCUGUGCUGGAGCUAUUGACCAUAUCAGUAUCCGUCAGCUUCAGUUAAUACUUUUGAAAGUAGCCCUGAUCCUAGGCAUUGAGAUCCAUGUCAAUGUGGAAUUCCAAGGUCUUGUGCAGCCUCCUGAGGACCAAGAAAAUGAACGGAUAGGUUGGCGGGCACUGGUUCACCCCAAAACCCAUCCUGUGUCAGAAUAUGAAUUUGAAGUGAUCAUCGGAGGGGAUGGCCGAAGGAACACCUUGGAAGGAUUUCGCCGAAAAGAAUUUCGUGGCAAGCUGGCCAUUGCCAUUACAGCAAAUUUUAUUAACCGAAAUACAACAGCAGAAGCCAAAGUAGAAGAGAUCAGUGGUGUGGCUUUUAUAUUCAACCAAAAAUUUUUCCAGGAACUAAGGGAAGCCACAGGCAUUGACUUGGAGAAUAUUGUAUACUACAAAGAUGACACACACUAUUUUGUUAUGACAGCCAAAAAGCAGAGUUUGCUAGACAAAGGGGUGAUACUGCGUGACUAUGCUGACACAGAGCUCUUGCUUUCCCGGGAGAAUGUGGACCAAGAGGCUCUGCUGAGCUAUGCCAGGGAGGCGGCAGACUUCUCCACUCAGCAGCAGCUGCCGUCUCUGGAUUUUGCCAUCAAUCACUAUGGACAGCCUGAUGUGGCCAUGUUUGACUUCACUUGUAUGUACGCCUCCGAGAAUGCUGCCUUGGUGCGGGAGCAGAAUGGACACCAGUUAUUAGUGGCCCUGGUUGGGGACAGCCUCCUGGAGCCUUUUUGGCCAAUGGGAACAGGAAUAGCCCGAGGAUUUCUAGCUGCUAUGGACUCAGCCUGGAUGGUACGAAGUUGGUCUCUAGGAACAAGCCCCUUGGAGGUCCUGGCUGAGAGGGAAAGCAUUUAUAGGUUGCUGCCUCAGACCACCCCUGAGAAUGUGAGUAAAAACUUCAGCCAAUACAGCAUCGACCCUGUCACCAGAUACCCCAAUAUUAACGUCAACUUCCUCCGCCCAAGCCAGGUGCGCCAUUUAUACGAUACCGGGGAGACAAAAGAUAUUCAUCUGGAAAUGGAGAACCUGGUGAAUUCCCGAACUACCCCAAAGUUGACUCGCAAUGAGUCUGUAGCUCGUUCAAGCAAACUGCUGGGUUGGUGCCAAAGGCAGACAGAUGGCUAUGCAGGGGUACAUGUGACAGAUCUCACCAUGUCUUGGAAAAGUGGACUGGCCUUAUGUGCGAUCAUCCAUAGAUACCGCCCUGAUCUGAUAGAUUUUGAGUCUUUGGAUGAGCAAAAUGUGGAGAAGAAUAACCAGCUGGCCUUUGAUAUUGCCGAGAAGGAACUGGGCAUUUCUCCCAUCAUGACAGGCAAAGAAAUGGCCUCGGUGGGAGAGCCUGACAAGCUUUCUAUGGUGAUGUACCUGACUCAGUUCUAUGAGAUGUUCAAGGACUCACUCCCCUCCAGUGAUGCCCUGGACCUGAAUGCUGAGGAGAAAGCAGUUCUUAUAGCCAGCACCAAAUCCCCCAUCUCCUUCCUCAGCAAACUUGGACAGACCAUCUCUCGGAAGCGUUCUCCCAAGGAUAAAAAGGAAAAGGACUUGGAUGGUGCUGGAAAGAGGAGAAAGACUAGUCAGUCGGAAGAGGAGGACGCGCCCCGGGGUUACAGAGGAGGAAGGCCCACACUGGUGAGCACUCUGACAGACAGGCGGAUGGAUGUGGCCCUUGGCAAUCAGAACAAAGUGAAGUACAUGGCAACCCAGCUGCUGGCCAAAUUUGAAGAGAAUGCACCCCCACAGUCCACUGGCAUGAGGAGACAGCCGACACAAGAGCGUGGGGUCAGCCAGCCGUCCUGCUGCCUACCUGAGCAGGGUCGCCCUGCUCCCACUCCCCAGUGGAAACAGCGACGGGAAAAGGAGCGUUCUCGGACCUGCCCCAAAAAAGUGAUCACACUCUCCCCUCCCCCUACUUCACCUCCCUGUGGGGCGUCUGGCAGCCAGCAGACGUACAGGGAUCUUGAUGCUGACAGCCGUGGCAAGCAGAGUUCCCACCAUGAGAGGCCAGAGCCUGAACCUUCUCGUCGUUUUUUUGUUGACCAGUGGGAGCUUUCUCUUAGUCUCCGCUCCUCCAACCGCCCCGCCUCUCCCUCCUCUGACUCCCUCCGACAGAAGUAUAUAAAGAUGUACACGGGCGGAGUGAGCUCAUUGGCUGAGCAGAUAGCCAAUCAGCUUCAAAGGAAAGAACAGCCCAAAACCCUUCUAGACAAGAAGGAACUGGGCUCAAUAAAAAAGGAGUUCCCACAGAACUUGGGAGGCAGCGACACAUGCUAUUUCUGCCGGAAGCGGGUCUACGUGAUGGAAAGGCUGAGUGCUGAGGGCAAGUUCUUCCAUCGGAGCUGCUUCAAAUGCGAGUACUGCGCCACCACCCUGCGCCUGUCGGCCUACGCCUAUGACAUAGAGGACGGUAAAUUCUACUGCAAACCACACUACUGUUACCGACUCUCCGGCUCUGCACAGAGGAAGAGACCGGCAGUGGCUCCUCUCUCUGGAAAGGAAGCCAGAGAAGCCCUGCAGGAUGGCCCCCCUGUGGACACAAACGGACGGGCCAGCGCCGUCGCCAGCCCUGCUGAGAGAACUCCAGGAUCAAGUGUGAAUGGUCUGGAAGAGCCCAGCAUCGCCAAGAGACUCAGGGGCACUCCUGAACGGAUCGAGCUGGAGAACUACCGCCUGUCUGUGAAGCAGGCCGAGGAGCUGGAGGAGGUGCCCGAGGAGACGCAGGCCGAGCACAACCUGAGCAGUGUGCUGGACAAAGGCGCGGAGGAGGACGUGGCCAGCAGCAGUUCUGAGUCUGAGAUGGAGGAAGAGGAGGAAGAGGAGGAAGAGGAGCCCCCUCUGCCCACCUCAGACCUGGGCGGUGUUCCUUGGAAGGAGGCUGUGAGGAUCCAUGCUCUUCUGAAAGGCAAGAGCGAAGAGCAACUAGAGGCCUCAAAGAGCUACGGGCCUAGGAAUGAAGAAGAAGAGGAGGAGGAGUAUGAAGAGGAGGAGGAGGACGAAGAGGAGGAGUAUGAGGAGGAAGAGGAAGAGUCUAGUGAAGUCGGGAGCCAGAGGCUACAGCAGAUCAUAAACCCGGCAGACCCCCUGGAGAUCCAGGCUGAUGUGCACUGGACGCAUAUUCGAGAGAAAGAGGAGGAGGAGCGAAUGGUACCAACCUCUGAGUCCUCCACUUCUAGAGUGCCUGACCUUCCCUCCAUACGCCGUGCAGCCGUGCAGGCCUGGCUGGAGACAGUCUCCGGAGUCCCAUUUGAUGAGAAUGACCUGGAGGAAGAUGUGGACUCAGAGCCGGCAGAGAUAGAAGGGGAGGCAGCGGAGAAUGGGGACACAGGGGACACUGGUGCUGAGCUGGAUGAUGAUCAGCGCUGGUCUGAUGAUAUCCCAUCGGAUGCUGAAACAGAGCUCCGCGUGCAGCGCCAGGCAGCAGUGGAGGCAGAGCUGGAGCUGAGGGUAUCUGAAAAUGAGGAGGAGCAACCCGUCACCUCACCAGGGCCCCGGGAGAGAAGUCCUGCCCAAGUCCCCAGCCCUGCCCCACCCCCUGAGGAGCGAGCUGGUCUACUCUCCCCAGGCCAUAGCCCUGUGGCAGAGGGGGCCCAAAUCCCACCUGUCUCUGUUGCUACCAAGGUGAAAUUGCCCGAAGAGAGCCUUUCCCCUGAACCUUUGCUCCCCAAAGUGAAGCCCAAAGAGGAAGUGCCCACUGACCAGAGAGCUGGGCGCUCUCCUAUCCGAUUUCAGCCGGUGGCUCUGCCGGAAGCCAGGACACCUACCUCCCCAGUUAGUUCACAGCACCUGUCACCAUUGGCCACCUCCACCCCCACCAGCACCCAGCUCCCCAUUUGUUCCCAGCCUCAGCCUUCCUCUGAGGCCACUGUCCCGUCCCCCACCAAGUCCCCCAUACGCUUCCAGCCUGUUCCAGCCAAAACGUCCAUCCCCAUGGUUCCCCUCCCCUUGAAGAACCAAGGGGACACCAAGGAUAGACUGGGCAGCCCUCUGGCUGUGGAUGAGGCCCUGAAACGGGAUGACCUGGUGGCAGAGUUCUGGAUGAAGAGCGCCGAGAUCCGCCGCAGCCUCGGGCUCACACCUGUAGAUCGGAGCAAGGUGUCCGAGACCAGCUUCCCCUCACCUGCCUUUAAACCAGCGUCCCUAAAAUCCUAUUCAGUUGAGAAGUCUCCUCAGGGUGAGGGGCUCCAGCUUCUAAAACCUCCACCUGUUCCUAAGAGGCUAGGCCUGCCAAAGUCGGAUGGCGACCAACCCUCCCUGCCGACCCCCAAGUCCCCAUCAGACCGAGAGUUGAAAAGCUCCCAUGAGGAGAGAAGAGAUCUAUCAAGCAGCUCUGGGCUGGGCCUUCAUGGGAGCUCCUCCAACAUGAAAACUUGGGGCAGCCAGAGCUUCAACACCUCGGACUCCACCAUGCUCACUCCACCUUCAAGCCCACCCCCACCCCCACCCCAGGACGAGGAGCCCGCAACUCUUCGAAGGAAGCCAUAUCAGACUUAUGAGCAUAAGGAGACCGAGCCCAAAGCCUCGGUGAUCCCACCCCCCCCGCCUGCCUCCUUUAUGCGGGCCCCCAGAGAGCCUGCCCAGCCCCCUCGAGAAGAGGUGCGGAAGUCGUUUGUGGAGAGUGUGGAUGAGAUCCCCUUUGCCGAUGAUGUGGAGGAUACCUAUGAUGACAAGACGGAGGACUCAAGUCUACAAGAGAAGUUCUUCACCCCCCCCUCCUACUGGCCCCGCACGGAGAGGCCCCUCCACCCACCCCUAGCCAAGGAGAAUGGUAGGUUGCCUACUCUGGAGAGUGGGGUCCAACCACAGAAGAGGGGCCUGCCCGUAGUCUCUCCAGAAGCCAAGGAGCUGGCUGAGGAGCGCAUGCGAGCCAGGGAGAAGUCUGUGAAGAGCCAGGCGUUGAGAGACGCUAUGGCCAAGCAGCUGAGUAGGAUGAAGGAGAUGGAGAUGGCAGCUGGGACCUCCAGGCCCCCAGGAGGCACCUCCCGCAAAGCCUCCUCAGUUCCCUCCAAGGGCAAAGACCUCGGCCCCGAAUCCCCUAAACGCCCAGUUCUCAAAGGCCCCGGGGAGCCCACCCUGAAGCAUGAAGCCACUAGUGAGGAGGUCCUCUCCCCUCCAUCGGACUCAGGGGGCCCUGAUGGUUCAGUCACCUCAUCCGAGGGCUCCAGUGGGAAGAGCAAGAAGAGAUCGUCACUCUUCUCCCCCCGCAGAAACAAGAAAGAGAAGAAGUCCAAAGGUGAGGGCCGGCCCGCAGAGAAGCCCAGCCCAAACCUCCUGGAGGAAGCUGCUGCCAAGCCCAGGUCCUUGUGGAAGUCAGUCUUUUCUGGGUACAAGAAGGACAAGAAGAAGAAGGGCGAUGACAAGUCCUGUUCCAGCACCCCUUCCAGCAGUGCCACUGUGGACUUGGGCAAGCACAGGAUGUCUCCCGUUGUGCGAGCAGAGCUGCAGCUGCGGCGCCAGUUGAGCUUCUCGGAGGACUCGGACCUCUCCAGUGACGACAUCCUUGACAGGUCCUCCCAGAAGUCCAGGCGAGAGUCGAUUUAUGUACCACACGCCUUGGCGUUCAGGAGAGCACACGCAUCAAAGCCAAGAACUUACACGGAAGAGGAACUGAACGCGAAGCUGACCCGGCGUGUGCAGAAGGCAGCUCGGAGACAGGCCAAGCAAGAGGAACUGAAGCGGCUACACCGAGCCCAGAUUAUCCAGCGGCAGCUGGAGCAGGUGGAGGAGAAGCAGAGGCAGCUGGAGGAAAGAGGGGUUGCCGUGGAGAAGGCGCUCCGUGGUGAAGCAGACUAUUGGGGAGAGUCUUAUUACAGUGACCUCAUCGACUUGCAUCUGGGUGGCAUGGGCAAGAAAGAUGACCCCAAGCUGAUGCAGGAGUGGUUCAAGUUGGUUCAAGAGAAAAAUGCCAUGGUGCGCUACGAGUCGGAGCUGAUGAUUUUUGCCCGGGAGCUGGAACUGGAAGACCGGCAGAGCCGACUACAGCAGGAACUUCGGGAGCGGAUGGCGGUGGAAGAUCACCUGAAAACUGAAGAGGAGUUGUCAGAGGAGAAGAAGAUCUUGAAUGAGAUGCUGGACGUGGUGGAGCAGAGAGACGCCCUUGUGGCCCUGCUCGAGGAGCAGCGACUCCGGGAAAAAGAAGAGGACAAGGACCUGGAGGCCGUCAUGCUGUCCAAGGGCUUCAGCCUGAACUGGUCCUGAGCUCUACCCGUGCUCUGGCUGGCUGGUCUGUGGCAUCCGCCUGACCCAGGCUGGGUUCUCCCAAACCACCCGGAUGAAAGAUCUCAGAAGGCCUGGCACCUCCUGGGAGUUUACACGCAAAUGUCUAUGUGCCUCUUGAAAAGUGGGUCAAGUGUCUGUGCUCUGGGGUAACCCCAGGUGAAGACAAUUAUCUGAGGUGGCUCAGCCUCCUUGGAAGAGGCCCACCCUGACUUCCUGCUCCAGAGAGAGAGGGAUACGGAGCAUUUGACAUGUGAUGUGGGAAAAAAGAAAACCCGCUCGCUCCCUGAGGACACACAGUGGCUGGUGCUCCUCCUUCCACAAGAGGAGACAAGAGAAGGAAGCUGCUCCCUCUCCAUCAAACCACAGCCACCAGUGUGCACCUCCACGGAGUGGAAGGGGCAGCGAUCUUCUUCAUGCUUCCUGAAGCACCACCAAAGAAACGAAGAGGACACCGCAGGGGGGCAUGAUGUGAAUCAAGCCCUGGGAGGGGGGGCAGUGGCCAGCAGGUCAGCGCCUACCCAGCAUCGCAGGGGAAGCUGGAGAUGGGCUGGCUCCCAAAUUCAUGAUGCAAGUAAGGAGGACCCAGGAGGGGUCUGCUCCCCGGCCCCCUGCACCACACACUGGACCCUCGUGGCCAAGUGCCCCAUGCCUCUCUCUGGCUGUGGCCUGAGGCCUAUGGAUUGCUGCAUUCUGCUUUGACUUCACAACAAUUUUGACACUGGAAAAUACUGACUCUGGGGGACAGGAGGAGGCCUACAUUUCUAGCCCCCAGUUGACAGACAGGCGUUGUUACCGUCUGGCGCUUCACGUCGGGUGGGAGAUUAUCUUUUUCCCUGACGUUUUUCCUGUGUUUGCACAUUGAGAUGAAGCUGUCAGCCUAGCAAGACGCUCAGCCGCUUCGGACCCUUUUUGUCAAUUAACUUAUUUUUUAAUACUUGAAAAGAAGUAACUUCAUUUUUAUACCUUUACUAGAGACACUGAUCGCUUGGCACCUGGUGUAGGAGUGAUGGGGGUGUCUGCCGCAUCCUCCUACACGGUCCUGUCCUGAACUGACUGAACCCUGUUCUAGCCAUCUAUUUAUUAGCCUUCUACAGAGUGUUGCUGAUGCAGUUGGCAUCAGGGAGCAAUUGAGACCCCUGCAUGGGUUCUUGGUCCUGGCUCUCCUGUCCCCUCCUGUACUUUGAGUCCGGCCCCUCCUCCUCCACCUGGCCCGCCCUCACUGUGGUACCAAACUUUGUGUCUGCACCAUUCAUUUGUCAAGGGUACAUUUCAGCACUGUUUGCAGCCAGGCCAAAGGGCACAGAUGCCACUCGCCUCUCCCUGUUGAACCCUGGCUCUGCAGAACCCGUUUUUUUCCUCCAUUUUGGUGCCAGGGUUUCACCUCCCCACAGCACGUUUAUUAUUAAAGGUAAGCCCUUUUCCAGGCUGGCACUGUAUGGACCUUGUAAUCCAUCUGGCUGAUGAGAAUUCCCUCGGCCCAGCCUCAGAUCCAACCAGAUAGAGAUGCAAGUAUUGGAAUUUAGGUUGGUCUCUCACAGUUAACUCCAUCCUGAACCUCCUCUGCACCCCAAUCUUCAUGGGAAGGCAAGGGGUAAUGAGCACCAUGUAACUGGCUCCUUGAGCCGAACUGCUCAUUUCUCAUAGUUUAACUGGCAAUGUACAGCUCACAGAACCACGGUCUGAGAAAAUUUGGUGGGGCAUCCACAGAGUUGACAAAAAGAGGGAGGCUGCCUGUCCGUGCUGGGCCAAUCCGGAAGGGUCCUCCGGCAGACUUCUGGUGGAGAGGGGCCAGUGUAGGGCGAAGAGAGGCCUGGCAGCUCUUCAGGGCAGCCUAGGUCAGGUGUCUGUGCUGACCUUGGGAUUUCCAUGGGGAGCCCCACCAUGCCUCAACUUGAACCUUCAUUCCUAGUACAAAGGAACAGAGAACCUGUCUUACUCUUCACCCUGUCCGAAAGCUGCCAUCUCUCCCCUGUGGAAAUGCAGGGGGUGUGCUGCUAGCCGCCGUCGCAGCUCUGACUCCUUCACUUCUGUUUUCUGACGAGGCAGAGUGUCCUUGUUUCUUCUCUUUCUUAAAAAGGCAAGAGGAGGGUGUUCUGGAUUCUCUCUUUAAACCUCAACCUUCCAGUAAAAUUGGACUUGAGACAGGACCUUCCUUGCCUGUGUGGCCUUGUCCCUAACCCUCUUCGCCUCUCGAAUGCCGCCGUAACUAGCCACCUCCAUCCCUCGUCGCUCCCGUGGACCCCAGAACAAGGCAGCGCUGGCACCGUGGCGGGUCCGGGACGCGACCAAAGCAAUAGGCUGUAAGGAGCCCUAACAUAGCUGGAGCACCACACGGGACCGUGUGCCCUUGCUGCUGGCUGGGCAACACCCGGUCGUCCUUCAGAAGCACACACUGUGGCCUGUGGUUACUAGAAAGGGGACUGAAGACUUUGCAGAGAAGCUUCCAGAAUCUGCAAGCCUCCAACAUGUGCCCCAGUUCUCCACUCCCGACGGUGUUAGACUUCGACUCUAGUAGGGCACCUUUCUUUUAAAGCUCCCAUUUUAUAACCACUAGUUUGCAAUUUAUUUUAAUACCCUGGUGACAUGCUGCAUGAAAUGUUUUCCAACUCUGGAAAUUCAUGCAGCUCCAGGCAACUGUUCUUCCCGAGAUUUAAGUCCCCUUGAAAGCAGGGGACACGGGAAA